AUGGCUCCCAUUACGGCCGCGGCGGCGGCGACGGCUGUGGCGGCGGCGGCUGCGCUGACGGCGCUGGGGUACAGAACCACAGCGGCCGAGGCUCUGCGCGACGCUGACCUGUCUGGGAAGGUAGCAAUCGUCACUGGCGGCAACUCGGGCCUGGGGCUGGAGACUGUGCGGGCUUUGGCUCGCGCUGGCACCGACUGCGUGCUGCUGUGCCGCAACCUGGAGGCGGGGCAGCGGGCGGCGGAGGAGGUGCAGCCGGGCGUGAAGGGCAAGCUGCUGGUGCGGCAGUGCGACCUGGCAGACUUGGCCAGCAUCAAGGCGUGUGCCGCCGGCCUGACCGCCGAGCUGCCCACCAUCGACCUGCUCAUCCUGAAUGCCGGCGUCAUGGCGCUGCGGCCCAUAGGCACCAACCACAUCGGCCACUUCUUCCUGACCCAGCUGCUCCUGCCCAAAAUGAAGGCCCAGGGCACCCCCGGGCGCGUGGUGGUGCUGUCCUCCUCCGCCUACAUGUUUGGGCGGCUGGACCUGGAUGACCUCAGCUUUGAGCGCCGCCGCUACAGGCCAUGGGAGGGGUACAACCAGUCCAAGCUGGCCAACCUGCUGUUCGCAAGCGAGCUGGCUCGGCGGCUGAAGGAGGAGGGCAGCGCCGUCAAGGCCUACAGCGUGCACCCAGGCGCGGCGGGCAUCAUCAAGACCAACAUCGCAGGCCACAUCUCAGCCAACUUCUGCACCACCUGCUUCUACGCGCUGGCAGGCCCAUUCAUUAAGACGCCCAGCCAGGGCGCCGCCACAACCGUGUAUGCCGCCACAGCGCAGGAGCUGGAGGGGCAGAGCGGGGCGCACGUACAGGACUGCCGCGUGGUCAGGCCGGCGCGGCGGGGGCGGGACAGCGCCGCGGCGGCGGCGCUGUGGGACAAGACAGAGGAGCUGGUGCGGGCGGCGCUGGAGCGGGCAGGCAUCGCCUGA